UUUACCUUCCAUUACGGAAUUGUUUCAGCUGCCUAUGAAGACUAUACAGGAUGCGAGGAACUUGACAAAGCUACUGAAAGUUCAACAUAAUGCAUCUAAAAUGAAGACGUUCGUCAUUGGGAUAGGAGGGACUACGAAUUCCAUGGUUGGAAGGGUCAUGAAGUCAAUCAUGACCUACCGGUGUGGCAGUUGUUUCUGUUAUCUAGGCCUGAAUGAAGAUAAAGUGGCUUUCAAGUCAACCACUAUUUGUGAGAUUGUAAUUGAUGGAGUUCGUGAAGCACACAAUUCUUUGACAAGAGAUGCAGUUGAAGCGAAGAUAAAGAACUGGCUACGUCACUGCCCAAUAUAUGCGUCGAAACAAACUGACGAUGGAAGCCAGAGUGGAGAAGACGAGGAACAAGAAGAAACCUACUAAACUAAAGACUAAUUUUUCAUUGUCUCUGCGAAGUAAUUUGACUAUUUUAUGUUUCUGUUGUAUAUGAAGAAUUAAAAUUAAUUUGAGUUUGUUUCCAAAAUAUUACUGAGUCUCUUGAUUUUAUAAUAAAUUGAGCGUGGUUCAUUCCUAUUCAGCCAUGUAUGCAGCCGCGAUGAAAUUUAAAAAGAACGAGGAUAUUAUUCGUAUA